AUGGCAGCUGCACAUCAACUCAACCUGCCUGACGGCCGUAUUCUCUCAUACGACCUCUCAGGCCCAGACUCGAAGCCCGUCGUCUUGUUAGCCAACUCGCUUGCGGCGCCCUUUACGCUCUGGGACCAUAUUGUCAAGGUUCUCCACGCCAACGGCUUCCGUACGCUGCGCUUUGACCAGCCGGGCCACGGCAAGUCGUCGGCACCAAAGAAGCUCGACACCGAGUUCGAGACGAUAGCCGACGACGUGCACUCUCUGGUCAAGUCGCUCAAGAUUGAGAAGCUCUUUGCGUGGAUUGGAGUAUCCAUGGGCGCCGCGACGAGCUUCUACUUUGCGACAAAGUACCCUGGCAUCAUCCAAAAGGUGGCCAUCUGCGACACCAUCAGCUCGUCGCCCAAGCACGCCGGGGUGGAGGACUUGUUCGGCCCGCGGGCCAAGGCGGCGGGCGAGGCCGGCAACAUGGAGGCCCAGGUCGACCAGACGAUGGACCGCUGGUUCGGUGCCGAAUGGAUCAAGGCCAACCCUGAAGAGGCGGCCCGCGCACGCACGAUCAUGAACCAGACUACCGUGGAGGGAUUCCAGACGUGUUGCUUUGCGCUGCAGAGCGACAGCUUCGAUAUUCGACCUCUGUUUGAGAGGAUUGGUUCAGGUGUUGACGAGGCACUGUUGGUUGUUGGUGAGAAGGACGCGAAUCUGCCACAGGCAAUGCAGGGGAUGCGGGACAGCGUGGAGAAAGGAUUCAGGGCGGCUGGUAAGGACAACAAAAUUGAGCUCAAGGUGAUUAAGAACGCGGGUCACGUCCCGUUUGUCGACAACUUUGAGCAGUUUAAGGACGUGAUUCUGGGCUACCUCAAGGCGUGA